AUGGGAGACGAGGUGACUGACGAUAAAAAUUCAAAGCAUGAAGACGAGCCAGCUUGUUCGUUGUACGUGUCGAGAGCAAUCAACAGUCAUCCUCAGGGCUUGCCGGAUGAAUUGUCAAAAGUUUAUUUGGAGGAAGCCAUACGAGAAUCCGAGCCAUCGGGUAGUUGGAAUGUUUCACAAACGUCGUGUGGAUUAAUAGCGACAUUUUCACUGGAAGCAGACGCGGAAAAAGUCGUUCAGCGGGGCCAUUUAUCCCGAAGAUUCCAGGGGUCUAUCCAGGUGGCCCGGUUUUCCGCUCGUGAUUCAAAGCAUCUGAAAUCAGUCUACCUGCGUGACGUUCCUUGGGCCAUUCCUCUGGAAGACUUAAAGACAGCGCUUAUCAAGCAAGGCAUUACUAUCUCAGCCAUUGAGAGAUACCGGCAGUACGUCCGGGUUGAGGUCCUGGAUGCUUGUCAAUAUGAACUUUUGCUGAGUCAGGGGCUUGAUUUCUUCGGCGCAGCUAGAUUUAGUGGAUUGCCGGAGCGCGUCAAUUGGUGGAGAUCCACUGCCAAUGGAGUAAAUGGACCUUAUCAGUUGGGAGUUAUUCCUGGUAACCCGGCAGAAGGAUCAAAUAGCCAGCAAUCCGAUGGAGUGCUUCAGUGCUACCGAUGCCAGGGGUUUUGGCACGUGGCUGCCAAUUGCAGACACUUGCCUCGGUGCGUACGCUGCGGAGAACCUCAUAGCGUUGAAUUUUGUUCUCGUCCUCGGAACAAUCCUGUCUGUUGCCAUUGCUCCGGUCCUCAUCAUGCUGGAUAUAAACAGUGUCCAGUGAGACUGCAGCUUUUGAAUGCCACGCCGAUAAGCAUAACUUUAAGUACAAGUCGUGCUCAUGAUUGCUCUCUCAAAUCUAACGUUUCUCAAAGCCAACAGGAUACGACAGCAAACCAUCAGCCAUGA